AUGUCGAAACCAAGCAACUACAUUCUCCUCUCCCUCCCCACCUCUAUCGUUCCCUCGCAUCACCGCGACGACGCCCUCCAAGCAGUCUCGGCCACGGUCUCCCCGGACAAUGGCUCCGCCACCUCGUUCCCAAUCCCGGAGUUCAAGAUCGGCACGCUAGAUGCCCUCGUCCAGCAAGCAGAUGAGCUAGCCAAGCUUGAGGCGUCCUGCCAGGGCGUGGUGGCGAAGGUCGGCGACGCCCUGAAGAAUAUCCUCGAGGGUGACGAGUCGCAGAUCGAGCAGAUGAAGGUCGUCAAUGAUAAACCCGUCGACCAGUACCUGCGUACUUUCCAAUGGAAUAAAGUCAAGUACAGGGCCGAUAAGUCCUUGGCGGAGCUGAUUGACUUGCUGCAGAAGGAAGCCGCCAGUAUUGACAGCGACAUUCGAUACAAGUACUCCCAAUAUAACCAGGUCAAGAACACGCUGUCCACGCUGCAGCGGAAGCAAACCGGAAACCUGUCAACGAAGUCCCUCGCCUCCGUCAUCGACCCCAAAUCCAUCAUCCAGGACUCGGAAUACAUCGAAACCCAUCUCAUCGCCGUCCCCGCACAGCUAGUAAAAGACUUCCUUAAGACCUAUGAAACUGUCGCGCCGAUGGUUGUCCCCCGGUCCGCGCAGCUGGUCGCUUCCGAUAGCGAGUUCACGCUGUACGCCGUGACCUCGUUCAAGAAGCACAGCGUAGAGUUCGUGCAUAAGUGCCGCGAGCAGAAGUGGAUCCCGCGCGACUUUAAGUAUGUCGAGGGCGGGAAGGAGGAGGAGCGCAAGGAGGUCGAGCGCGUUGGCGGCGACGAGCGCAAGCUGUGGGGUGAGACGUUGCGACUUGGUCGCACUGCUUGGAGUGAGGCUGUUAUGAUCUGGGUUCAUAUCCUGGUCUUGCGGGUGUUUGUGGAGACGGUCCUGCGGUAUGGGCUGCCGCUGGACUUUGUCUGCGCGUUGGUCAGGACCCAAACUUCUAAGCAGGCGGACCGCGCUAAGCAGAACCUUGAGAACAAGUACUCGUACUUGGCGGGUAAUGCCUUUGGCCGAGACAAGAAGGGUCGCAUGCAGCGCGAUGAUCCCGGUGAGAUGCAUGCCACUGGUGAGGGCGGCGCCGAGUACACGCCGUAUGUGUUUUAUGAAUUCGAGUUCAACUGA